AUAAAAGAAAAGAGGAGGAUGAAGCAGAAGAACAACAGAACCACACAGGAAGCAGAAGAAACGUAUGAGCUGAAGGAAACAGGCCACACCCCUGAGCUGACCGCCGAGCAUGAUGGGAAAGAGGUGCUGUUGAAGAAGCACACAGCAACCAAUAGGAAGCCUCCAUUACAAAAGAGUCGCAGCCAGGACACCGACCGAGCCUCGUUGCCAUCGUCGUUCUUUUCCACCCACACCUUCAGCCUCUCCUCAUCGCCGCCGGAGUCCAACAGAAUGAUUUACGCCAUCAGCAGCCAAUCACAGCCUGCCACCCUUCUGGUCGCGCCUCCUCCAACCGGCCUGUCACUCUCUGAUGUUCAGAUGGAAAGUCAGAGGAAGAAGAAGGAGGAAACAGGACGGCGGCCAUUUUCACCUUCCUGUGGAUCGAACACAACACCAAUGCAGGAAACAUCAGCAGGUCUGUCAGAACAUCAUGACGUCCUCUCGGAGGAUUCAAUGUCCACUGACGAGUACGAGUGUCCUUCACCUGACGACAUUUCUCUGCCACCGCUGGCAGAGACACCAGAGUCCACCAUGAUCCAGUCUGAUCUGGAGGACACCUUCUGUUUCAGCUCCCACAGCGUCCACAUCCACCAGUCCAGCCACCAGUACCAGGCCCAGUCAGACCACAGUGAGGCCAGCUCUGCUGCUGGUCCUGGUCCUCAACAGAGAGAGUCCAGUCAGAUGGAGGAGGGUCCAACUCCCUCUACAGGACAUCACAGCAGCAGCAGGUUCAGAUCAGAGUCUGGUUCAUAUGUCCAAAGUCCUGGUCCAACCCAGUUGACCAGCACCCUCUGCAGCAUCCUCAGGACUGAACAGACCACGUCACCCAGCAUGCACCAGGGUGUUGACCUUCCUCUCGACAACCCACAACCAAAUAUACCAUCUGAAUCUGACCCAGUCCAGUGGAGCAACAUUCCAGACAGUUGUUCCAGUAUAGACAAAACAUUGCCAAGGACUGAUCCCCUUCCUCAGCAUGAUCUUCAGAAGGACGAGACCCCUGUGCACAACACAGACUUCUUCAAAUCCUGUGUUAAUUACACUCAAACUUCAACUUCCACUCAUAUGAAGAACAAUUUUCCACAGUCCUUCAAGACUAGCCUUCAACAGCAGAUAAAUUCCUCCCAAAAUAGGAAGGGAACAACCCAAAAAUCUGGCCUUCAAAGAGGAAACACAGCCAGUUCCCUGUACCAGGAAAGGCCUUUAUCGCAGAAUGAUAUGAUCCCUCCAGCAGAGAACCACCCCCCCAUCCAUACCAGCUGUCUUUUUAAGGUCUUCCGUGUUUGUGAUACUACACCAAACCAAGACAGGACCCUUGACCACGAUGCAGGACCUCUAAAUUCCUCUACACCAUUGCCCCAAACCUCAGCAGCCACCUCUGAUGAUGUCAAUCCCCCACAGUCAGAUUCUAGAAGCCGUCUUGAUCAGGAUGUACCUAAAGAAACAACUCCCCAAAGCAGCAGCCUCUCCACAACCACAACUCAGCAGUCCUCGCCCUGUCAGUCUUCCACAGAUACCCACUUAACAGAGACUGAGACCUUACCAGAGAUCAUUCUGGUUUCCCAGGCCAGAGGUUUAGGUCAGAGUCUCAUUUCCACAGAUCCUGUUGCAAACACUGGACCCUCUAAAUCCUGUACACUGUGCCCUCCAACAUGCACAGUCCUCCCAGAAGGUGGAAAACUUCCACAGCCUAACACAGAGCCAAGCAGUGGUCCUGAGGAAGCUGUAUCUUCCUUACAGAUCGAUAAAGAAACACCUUUGGUUUACAUGAAUGGAAGUAGUAGCCUCACCACAGCCACCCAGAAGAUGGUUUACUCUGAGUCCUCCUCUUCAAAUGGUCAUCACACUUUGGAUCAAGUUAAUGAUGCUGUUCCUGUUCUUUACAAAGACAAGACUCUUUCAGAGGACACUGAGUCUGUCAGUCCAACUUGUCCACCAAAAUUCACAAAUCAAGACGAGGCUUACUCAAGUCCAAGCAACAUUGAAAACAGCAAAGAAACACCACCCAGCAGCAGCCUAACCACAACCGCUGACUUCCUGUCCUCUAAGUCAAUCAGUUAUUGUAUCUUACCACAGGCCAGCAGCAGUCUCAGUAUUCACAAAGAAAACCACUUAACAAAGAGCAAGAGCAUGCCACACAUCAGUCAAAUCCAGAGCUCCCAGGUCAAAGACAGUCCUCAAGACAAGGGCAGUCUCCAAGUCAAAGACUGUCCCCAAGACAAGGACGGUCUCCAAGACAAGGAUGGUCUGCAAAACAAGGACAGUACACAAGAAAACAGCUUGCUCAAAUCCAGUGCAAUGUCUCUCAAAGAAGGAACAAAUCAAGACGAGGCUCACUCAGAUUGUGCAAGCGACCUUGAUCAGGAUAUGGUUGAUGUACAAACCAGCAAAGACAUGUCCUCAGACUCCAGCAGCAUCACCACAACCACCUCUCAGCAGACAGUUUGUUGCCAGUCCUCAUCUUCGCAGAGUUCAAUCACAUAUAAUCAGUUAACUCCUAGUGAGACAAGGUCUGUAUCCAAGGCCAGCGGAUUUGCUCAGAACCCCAGCUCCACUGAUCCUCCUCUACACAAAGACAGAAACGUUUCACAAGGUUUACCGAUGGCGUUGAGGGGGCGGAGCCGCCAGAUGGGGGGCCGGGCGGGGCCUGGGCGUCGGCCGCUGAUAAGGCUGCUGACAGGGGGCUGGUGGACGAUGCGUUCGAGGUCCUGGUGUCGGACUGGAACACCUGGUUCGGGACUCUGUGUUUCCUGCUGUGGCUGCUCUUCCUCAUAG